UUACUUUUGUCCUAGCAUCUACCUUCUAGGUCCUUCAACAUUCACGGGUGAAGACACUGCUGAACUUUAUGUUCAUGGCAGUCGAGCUGUAGCGGAUGCUUUGUCAGAACGCUUGGCUGGUUUUGAAGGUGUACGACAAGCCACUAGGGGAGAAUUCACCAAAAGAGCUUUCUUCAAUGGAAAAAUGGACUUUCACGAGGUUCACGGUUUGAAAAAUCUCAUUUACGCAGAAACCCAACGUCAAAGGCAAAUGUCAUACGGACAGAUGAGGGGAGGAGCGGAAGCUCGGCGGAUACGGUACCUUGCACUUGUUCUAUUCAAGCUUGAAGCCUUCUGUAAAUUCAAGCUGGAAUUUGGUCAAAAAAUGGCAGACUAA